AUGAAGCCUACCUCUCACUUCCUUCUCAUCCUCAUCUCCCUUCUCCAGCUGACGAUCCCAGGAAGUGCUCAGUGUUCCUUAGACUCCAUUGUGAAUGAAAAGAUAAAGCAAGCUCUCAUCCGUCUAGAGUUCAAUCCUUCUGCUCCUCAAAACAAGAUCUCAUGUACCAGUAUCAAGACCUCAGGCAAACUGUCCUCCUGCCCUGCAGGGACUGUUGUCACCGGCUGUGCUUGUGGCUAUGCCUGUGGUUCCUGGGAUGUCCGGGGGGAAACCACAUGCCACUGCCAGUGCAGCUUGGUAGACUGGACCACUGCCCGCUGCUGCCACCUGACCUGA